AAAAGUCUCGGUCAAUUAGUAGAGUUUAGACAGUGAGGAGAGCUCGGAGCAAGUAGGUCUCGGCGAACGCUCCACCAAUGACCAGCUAAGAGAAAAACGCCCCACUGCUCCUCCGACUUAGAUCUGCGGGGGUGGGGAGUCCACAAGUUUGUCUCUGGAUUUAGGGAAACCAUGGGAUUCGAGUUGGACCGCUUCAAGGGGACUGUGGACCCGGAUUUCAAAUGCAACUUGUGCAAUAAAGUCCUGGAGGACCCGCUGACGACUCCGUGCGGUCACGUCUUUUGCUCUGGCUGCGUGCUGCCCUGGGUCGUCCAGCAGAGCAGCUGCCCGGUCAAAUGUCAGCGGAUCUCCACCAAAGAGCUGAACCACGUCCUGCCUCUAAAGAACCUCAUCCUGAAGCUGGAGAUUAAAUGUGAUAACCAUACGAGGGGCUGCGAUGCCGUGGUGAAGCUGCAGCAUCUGGCCGAGCACGCCGAGAUGUGCGACUACUCCCCGGCGAAGUGCAGGAACAGAGGAUGCAGCGAGGUGCUCAACCUGCGGGACGUGGAUGCUCAUAUGCGGGAGACGUGCGACUACAGACCGGUGGAGGUUUGCGAGAGCGGCUGUGGGCUGAUGCUCACCCAAAAGGAGCAGAAAUCAAAUGGCCACUGCUGCCUGAGAGCCCUGAAGGCGCACAACAGCGCGCUGCAGUGCAGAAUGAUCAUCCUGGAUAGGGAGUUCAAGAAGCAGACCAUAGAAGCCAACAAGAGGGAGAAGGCUCUCCUGGCACAACUUUCCGCCGUGCACAGCGAGCUGCAGAUGACAGCGCUCAAGUAUCAGAAGAAAUUCACAGAAUACAGCGAGAGGAUCGACUCCCUCACCAAGACCGUGGCUUUCUCCUGCAAGGAAGGCGAGACUAAAAGCGUGACCGUUGUCCUUCUUCGUGAGGGCGGCUCUCUGGGUUUUAACAUCAUAGGAGGAAGGCCAUGCGUGGACGACAACGACAGCACUUCGAAUGAAGGAAUCUUUGUGUCCAAGAUCGUGGAGAAAGGUCCAGCAGACAAAGAGGGAGGCCUUCAGAUCCACGACAGAAUAAUAGAGGUAUGUGUGUCCUCCUCUGUAAUGCUUCAUGUAAAUGGGAGGGGGGUAGAAACUACUGAUGUAAUGACUGUCUGCACCAUAAAGAGGGAGAAACACCAAAGAAUCACUCCAUCUUUGUGUAUUUUUGAGCUCUGAGCUCAAGCUGAACGCAAUGCGUGACGUAUGGAACCUGAAUUAGCAUUUUGGCCUUUUAUUGGUGCUCCCGAAAGUCAAUCCUGCAGACGGUGAACGUCUCUGAUACGAUUCUACCAGUCGACAUAGACGAUGUCAAGUAGGGCAUCAUUGCAGAUAGGCCGAGAUAAACCUGAGGCGAGGCUGUCUGUCUUUACUGUUGCUGGCUGAUAGUGAGGGAGAGGAAAAGAUGUCUUUUACUUCUCUCGUCCCAGCAAAUAAAGCCCUUUCGACAGAGCAGCCAUGAAGCGUCCCCCUUUCGCCUCUAAACAGAACUUGAUGUGGAAAGGCCAGCUCACCCUGAGGUCAACUUGAGGGAUCCAUCGAAAAACUCAGCAUCACAAAGGUUGCUUUUAUAGAAUGGUUGUCAACCAGAAUCGCUCACAACGGCUGCUUUGAAAUGAGUCGUUUAUGUCAAUUGCAAGUGUGUAUUACCGCCGGCCGCAAGAUGACAAAUAUGGCUUGUCGCUGGCUUUAUUGUUAAACCUCAGUGAAAUUGCCCCCGGAGCAUUUUUGACCAGCUCAUUGCUCACAGAGACGCCUGUGGAAAGUGUUUACACACACGAAAAAAAGAAGACUCCCAACAUCUGGACUCCGCUGAUCGCUCUAUCCUGUCAUUUAUGCAGUCGAAUGCUAACUACUUGCAAAAAAAAAUGCCACAAGUCCUCUGGAGAAAGCCUCACGCUGUUGUUCCAAAUAAUAUGGUUGUAAAUCUGGCGACGUCGUGACUGAGAGGUUAUGAUGUGCUUCUCUUUGGUUUAAACCUCCUGAGCUCACACAGUCAAGUGUCUUGGUGCUCUCUGCAACUUAAGACCUCGUAACGAGGGCCGGUUGAACCAAAAAAGCCACUCAGAGAUCAGCGACUCGAGACCUAAAGGGACUUGGCGUGGGCUGCUAGCUGAUGUGUGGGGAGAUUAGCUCAUAUGUCACACGAACGUGUAAAAGUGUGUGUCUUUGCGAGCAUCUGCCCUGCUUGGCUUUAUGAGUUUGCGUGCACAUGUUUGCCUGGGCGCGUGUAAGCACAGGAUGCAUGCGUUAAUGGGCCAGAUGUCGCUGUAUUUGGUUACUUGAGAAGGUGUAUCUAUGGGGUUUAAUGCUGUGAUAGCCAAUCCGGAGCGGAGAGGACUGAAUUUGCUAUAGGAUAAUGCUUCCCUCGUGUUUUUUCCAUAUUGUUUUCGUGCUAUUGUAGGUGAAGCCACAGAAUCUCUCCAGUGCAGGAAAGGCCUAAGGAGGUAGCACAGGUUCCUAUAAAGUAACCUUUUCUUGACGAGAAGUGAGGGAUUGCCAUACAAUACCCAGCAAAUAAAUCAUCAGAUUUAAUAGACUGUUAAAGGCCGAUACUUCACAUUUACGCCAUUCAUCGGAAGGGAAACCUGAGAGCGAGGCAGCUUAUAUUUCCAAGGCUGCUUUUUUUUUUUUUUUGUUGACUGGUUGAAGCAAGAAAGUACAAUGUCACGGAUUCCUGGACCACAAUAAGAAAUGUGACAUCAAAACACAAUUUGCUGUUGCACAGCUUUUAUUCUGGACCUGAGGUGACUGGGUCUGUGAACUUUGUUUGUUCGCUGUCAAGAAUCAAAGACGAUGAAGCCCAAGUGCCUGAAGGCAGUUUCACGGUGUUUGGUAGAAACCAAGCAGCCUGUAACUGUGUCCUGUUUAGCAUCCUGUGAUGUAUGCUGGAAUUGCAGGAACAGCCAAACCUGGUUUAUCUCAUGUUUUACCAGAGAUUGUUUUUCAUGCACAUAAAAUAUGAUAUCCGUGACUUCUGUGUUAUCCUUUUUUGUAGUAGUAGUAGUAGUGGAAGUCAUGCUUGCUUAAGACCUUUGUUUAAUUAUAUCUGUGCUGCUUUUCAGUAUGGUUGCAGGAUGUGUAAAUAUCAGGCAGGGUGUGAGGUUUCCUUUUCUGAUUAGGCCCACAGCUAAUCAUCGCCGCUCAAUUUUUACGAGUAAUUUUCCAGUUUAUCUUUUUAAUCCUCCUGCCUGCCCGAACGUUCCCCGAGGCCAAGGUGAUAUCUUCAGAUUGGUUUUUAAAUCCAUGUUCUUACUUCUGAAAUUAGCUCGUUUUUCUUAGACAAGUAGAUGGAAAAUUGAAAAACAGACGACAAACUAACAAUCUUUUUUUUUUUUUGACUGAAGUGGUCCAAGGAUAACUUUGCAUGAGACAUAGUAAAUAUUUUUCUUGGGAGAACUAGUUGAGAUGGUGAAAUCAAGAAGACAUUUUAUCCCAGUGCAGUUUAAAAUUCGGCUUUUAUCUUAGAGUUGAAUUUUGAACUGGCUCGUAGAAAUUUAAAGUUUAUCAAAGGUUUAAGAUCGCUGCUUGUUUUUAUUUCAGUGAGCACCAGUAGCAGUCUUUAGCAGACAUGUUUUUAGCCAUAUAUUUAAGGCUACAGUCACACUCGGGGGAAAAGAGUUGUUGCAGACUAAUGUACAACCAAAGCUAGUGGGACUGUGUGCAAUGAAUGUGCAAUAUCACUGUCCUUGAAAUGAAUGCUUCAAUGACAGGAACCAGUCCUACAACCACUCAAAGUCAGGUCCUGUCUUCAAAGCACGUUUUGAUGCAUGACGAUGGCAACGGAACAACAAUAAGAAUGAGUCGGUCUAUCGUUCUGCUGUGUAUUUGUAAUUGAAUAGAAUCAAGUUGGCAGUGAGACGCAAUCUGUUUGUGUUAACACGGUAACUAACUGUGAUAAACUGGUAAAAACUGCCUGUUGCCAUCUGAUGGAAACCUGUUGCUGUGCCCACAUACAGAAAUUGACAUUAACUUUUUCAUUCACAGUCCAAGCAGCACCUCAUAGAUUUGAAAUGGAAUGAGAGAGAAGAGGAUGGCUACAUGUCUGCAAAACGAUGACGCUCAACAACAUUACUUUUACAGAGGAAUGUAACAAGAAUCUGACUCAGAUUGAUUGCAAACCGUCACCAAUCUGUCUGAGAGCGAUUGCACUUACUCUGAGUUGGGAUGGGUUGUUUAGAGGCAGGUUGGCUCUCAGUCGGCGAGAGCAGCAAAAAGCAAAUUAGCCCAGUCACCAGGCAACCGCUAAUUUAUUUCAAAAGGAGGCUGCCAUCCUAUUUUUAUUCUAAUUGGCUGAGCCUUAAGAAUAUAAGUCUAACAUUUGCUUUCCUUUUAAUUCUGCCAUCGGUCUUUUUAACUGCUUGAUGCUCUGCUGUGUUCAUCAACAAGCCAACACUCUCAUGUGGUGUUUGCGAGUCUGGUAGGCUACGUGCAAAACAAAGUACUGGAGUUUGAAUAUCAAAACUCUGGGCUAUAAGAGGUUCUAAAAAGCCUCAGUCAUUCUCAGUGGGUUGUAACUAUAAACGAUUUUUCAUAAUGCACCUUUGCACAUUUCCUCUGCCCUAAGAGGGGAAAAAAUAUUGAUUAAUACAGCUUUAAUAAGAAAUAAUUAAUAAAUGUGGAAUCCUUUAUUUUUAGCAUCAGUGCCCUCAUUUUCCAUUAUAGUGGAAAUGGAAAAAAAAGAGCUUUUUGUUUUUUUUAUCCUAACUCAUGAAAUCUGAUUUGCAAGCCUAUGGACGGGAUAGUUUUGACAGCCCUUCACAAUCGUGCCAUGGGGGCUCAACUGCUCUGUAAAGGACCAAUCACAUUACAGAGCAGUGAAAUGCUCGUGCACCUGUGGAGGCAGCGCUGUCAUCAGCCCCGCUGUUUUCUCUUCCUGUAGUAGAAGUGUUAGUUCCAGUAAAUCUAUAUGGAUGUAACAUGUACCUGAUGAUUCGUGGCUUGUCCUGCUAUAACAGGCUCUUAGCGGGGGAGUGCGACAGCAGAUGGCUGUCCUCUAACCGAGCUGCAGGCUGGUAUGAAUCAGCACACGAGUACCUUCUUGUUCAGACACUUCUUUUUUU